AUGUCCGAAAGCUGUGAAACAGACUUGUCACAAACGUGCAAAGCAAAAGCUUGCGCAAUUCAAGAUUGCCUUCUAGCUAAUGGCUACAACGAAUCUAAAUGCACAAAGUACAUCGACGAUCUAUAUAAAUGUUGCAAGGAAUUCUACGAAGAACAUGGUCGUGACGCCAAGAGCGUUUGCUGUCCGAAAUUCAACUUAUUACAAUUGAAAUUGGAACAACGGUCAUUGGGCAAAAUCGAUGCCGAUAUGAUCAAACAGGGAAGAGCAUAG